CGGCAUUGCCUAAAUUCCGUGGAUCACGUCGUGGCCUUGUUAUCCGUAUUGUGCGAACAGUCAAAGAUCUGGGGCGCGAUCUUUACAGUCCUAAAUAUUGACAUGCAAUGCAACAACAGCGUACUUCGGCUCGUGCUCGUGUGGGCAGCGGCAGUCCAUGCUACCCAAUCACAAGGAUACGUUGAUGGAGAUGCUCUCCUGCUCCCAGUGUUCUUUGGUGAGUCGCCCCUUGUCGUCCCUGUGCCAGUCGGGACGACCACGAUAGAUGCGCACUUGAACAAGUAUUGUUUGCAACACAGUCUGUCGCGAGCCACUGGCGAUGCCUUGAUCAACGCCAUCUCGGGCUCCUGGGACACCUUGUACCAGUUCUCAUACCUCCGCAUUGACGAAGGAACGUCGUCGUGGUCAGUCGUUCCAACCACCCCGGUCGAAAUUGCAAGUUCCGUGUGCAGCUACCUCACGCGUACGAUCAUCACCGUACCUUCGACACAGCGAGACAGCUGCAUGAUGACGUUGAAACUCGAGUUCAGUCGCACAAUGACGUAUCUGAACCACCGUCGUCACAUGUGGGUUGUGCCAACGAAUGAUCAACGAACGAUCGUCCAAGUACCAUCGAUAAUUGCGCAACAACCCAAUACAUCGUUUCACAAGUCAAUGUGCCCGGCCACCACUCGCAUCUAUGGCAACCUCGGCAGCCCCCAGCCACCCCCUCGGUGGCCAGUUUGCAAUGAUCCCGCUCUCGAACGACCUACCAACGUCGUGUCCACUACAGCUGCCCCAGCACUAAAACCAUCCCAUCGAGACAUUUCACUCGACGUGGUGGUACCAACCCGUUCCGAUUUCAAUCUGCUCGACCACUCGAUUCCAUCAGCAAUCCAGUUGCUGUCCAACACAUCACAGCCUCGUGAUUAUUCAGCCAUUCCAGCACCCACAUUGCGCCACCCAAGCGCCAAGGGCAGCAUCACACGGCGGAGUCCACAUCCUACUGGUAGCCCCGUGUCGUUGCCAGUCAAUCACGAAACGCUGCCAUGGCCAUCAUAUGUCCUAUGGGCGCUACAAGCUUGGCUCGUGCCUUUCGUCAUGAUGGGGGGCACGCUUGUGGUCUGCAUGAGAGCCGGCGGCGAAACCCAUACAGCUCAAAUAGCUAAUCUUCAGCGAGACAACCAAGUGCUCCGAGCGGCGUUGCACGACCUUUCGUCGACUCUGAGAGAUUCCAUUGCCCGCGCAGAGGCCAUCCACGCUACUCAACUCGCGACAGCGCAGGCGGUCGAACACGCGGUGGCUACCCUAACCGACGCCGUUGCAAACAUGCAGUCGGAGAAGUCUCAGGAAACGUACAACCUCCAUGCACCGGUCACCCCACAGAUGUCUCAGGACGAGGCUGCCAGUCAUCUGUUGCGCCGCACGUCCAGCUCUGUCUUGCUGCGACGACUCAGUGGUUCGAUGGUACUAUGUAAUGUAUGGGGUAAUGACUGCACGUUUUGCUGACUCUGUUCUAGGCGAUAUCCAAGGACACUGACACGCCAAUAAAGAGUCCAUUUCGAAUGGCAGCGGCGUCGAUCAUUGCGCUCGGACUUCAUCGCCGGAGCUCGGCAGUUGGCGCCACCGACGACACUGACCUAGUCGUGGUUGCAUAGCCAUCCAUACUACACAACAAUGCGAUGUACUUCGAGAUAUGUAAUCAUGUGACAACAAUUUUGAUGCGAGUCUUCUGGUGAACGACAUUUGACGAAACAUGGCCGAAAACGGCAAAUACACUGUACUGUA